UCUGCUCUUCUCUUUUACAAAAACCCUAAUACCUUCUCGCCGUCAGCAAUGGCCACCGCUGCCGCCAUCCCAACGACCACCGUCCAAUCGUUCGAAAAUGACAUGGCUACUGACGGUGGCUCCGCCGCAAACUCCGUUCCUCUUCCCGCCGUGAUGAAGGCUCCGAUCCGUCCCGACGUUGUCACUUACGUCCACGCCAACAUUUCGAAAAACGCCCGACAACCUUACGCAGUGUCAAAAAAGGCCGGUCACCAGACCUCGGCUGAGUCAUGGGGUACUGGUCGUGCCGUUUCUCGUAUCCCUCGUGUUCCUGGUGGUGGUACUCAUCGUGCUGGACAAGCUGCUUAUGGUAACAUGUGUCGUGGUGGUAGGAUGUUUGCUCCGACUAAAAUCUGGCGCCGUUGGCACCGUAAGAUCCCGGUUAACCAGAAGCGUCAUGCCGUUGUUUCUGCCAUUGCUGCAUCUGCAGUUCCUUCACUGGUCCUAGCUCGUGGACAUCGUAUUGAAUCAGUUCCCGAACUUCCUCUCGUUGUUUCUGAUUCAGUUGAGAGUAUUGAGAAGACUUCUAGUGCUAUCAAGGCUCUGAAGCAAAUUGGUGCUUAUGCUGAUGCUGAGAAAGCUAAGGAUAGUCAUGCUAUUCGCCCCGGAAAAGGUAAAAUGCGUAACCGUAGGUACAUUUCUCGUAAAGGACCACUCAUUGUUUAUGGAACUGAAGGGGCUAAGCUUGUGAAAGCGUUCCGUAAUCUCCCUGGAGUUGAAAUCUGUCAUGUGGACCGAUUGAAUCUCUUGAAGCUUGCUCCUGGAGGUCAUUUGGGAAGGUUUAUUGUCUGGACUAAGUCUGCAUAUGAGAAAUUGGAUGAGAUUUACGGUACAUUUGAUAAGCCAUCUCAGAAGAAGAGGGGAUAUCUAUUGCCUAGGCCCAAGAUGGCCAAUGCUGAUCUUGCUAGGAUCAUCAACUCUGAUGAGGUUCAAUCUGUUGUGCGGCCAAUCAAGAAGGACGCGAAGAGGGCAACAUUGAAGAAGAAUCCUUUGAAGAACCUGAAUGUGCUGUUGAAGCUUAACCCAUAUGCGAAAACAGCGAGGAGGAUGUCUCUUUUGGCUGAGGCACAAAGAGUCAAGGCUAAGAAGGAGAAACUUGACAAGAAGAGGCAUCAAAUCACUAAGGAGGAAGCAUCAGCUAUCAGGUCAGCAGGCAAAGGUUGGUUCAAGACAAUGAUCUCAGAUUCCGACUACACAGAGUUCGAAAACUUCACAAAGUGGCUUGGAGUUACUCAGUGAAGGGAUUUUUCUUAUUGUCAACAAGUUUCUGGUCUUUUUACAUUUGUAA